CUUUCAGUAGUCAUUCACACAACUCUUGUCCUCUGUGAGAAAUGCAUGGAUAAAGUCUUCAGUUGUGGGACACUGUAAAAGAAGACUAACAAUGAAAUCUUGGAAAGCCUUUGUGCUCCUCAUCCAAGCAUUACAUUGUUUGGCUCUAGAUGAUUCACCAUUUCAACUAACUAACAAGGACACUGGUUUUUGUUUGGUUAAAACAAAUAACCAAUGCAAUGAUAUACGCUGGACAACUGGUGACCGACUUUUGGUUCUACAAAGGAAGAAGUGCCUGGGAGUCCAGGGGAAAAGUGUGGGGAGUGAAGUAAGCCUCUACGAUUGUGAUGAAAACAGCGACCUCCAAAAGUGGGAAUGCAAGAAUGGAACAGUGCUCGCCCUCAAAGACCAGCAGCUCUACAUUGAGCUCACUGCAGAUAACACAGCAGUUCUCUCCAAAACAGUAGGACCCAAUAACCACCUCACAAUUACAGGGACGCCCAAUGGUGCUUGUACAAGAACAUAUAGAGAACUUUUUGCCAUUGGUGGAAAUGCAGCUGGACUGCCGUGCAUGUUUCCCUUCCACUACAAAGACCAGUGGUUCUCAGACUGCACCACACUUGACUCUCCAGGAAAGACUCUUUGGUGUGCUGUUGAAACCAAAUAUCAAAGUGAACGCUGGGGCUACUGCCCAGUUACUUCUAAAGAUGGCUGGACAAAACACCCAACAACAGGAGCGUAUUACCAGCUCAACACAGGAGCAGCUCUGACUCAGGACCAGGCUGACGCCAGCUGCAAACAGCAGGGUGCCUCCCUGCUCAGUAUCACCGAUCCUCACGAGCAGGCUUACAUCACAGCACUGCUAGGUUCAGGCGGCACUAAACUUUGGACUGGGCUGAUCCUGUAUCCAGAACAUGGCUGGAAAUGGACUAAUGGGAAGCCUUACCGCUAUCUGAAAUGGGACUCAGGACAUCCACUUCCUAAUCCAGGACACAACUGUGCAAUUCUUGAUCCUGCUGUACAGUACUCCUGGCAAAGUUCACUUUGCAGCAAGAAACUCGGGUACAUCUGUUACAGUGAAGCCACCGAGGUAGUGCCUACACAAGCUGUUGAGACUGGAUUUUGUUCAAGCUCUUGGAUUCCCUACAGUGGCCACUGCUUCUACCUUAAUCGUACUCAGAAUACAUGGUCUGAUGCUCAGAGACUGUGUCGUAAUGACGGAGGGGACCUAGUCAGCAUGCGCAAUGUGGAGGACCAGAGCUUUGUCAUCUCUCAACUUGGAUACACAUCCACUGAUGAGCUUUGGAUUGGACUGAAUGACAGAAAGACAGAGGGACUGUUCGAGUGGAUUGAUCAUUCGACUGUCAGCUUCACUAGCUGGGAAUUUGGGAAACCUGCUGGGUCCACUGAUCUACAGGAUUGUGUUCUCAUCAGCGGAGAGAAUGGAAACUGGGCUGACCAUGGGUGUGAGGAGAAACAUGGCUAUAUAUGUAUGAAGAUGAGUACCUCAAAACCCACCGGUGAUCGAGUGCAGCAGAAUGUGGGCUGCAAAACUGGGUGGAGAAGACAUGGCUCGUAUUGCUACUUGAUAGCGACACAGACCAAAACUUUUGACGAAGCCAAAGAUGACUGCAAGAGCUCAUCUUCCUACCUUGCUGAUGUUUCAAAUGCGGUGGAUAAUGCCUUCCUCGUUAGCUUGGUGGGGAUGAGACCAGAGAAAUACUUCUGGCUAGGCCUCUCAAACCAGAAAAACAUUGAUCUAUUUGUGUGGACCAACACAGAGUCUGUGAGGUUUACUCACUGGAAUGCUGGAAUGCCAGGUCACCAACAGGGCUGCGUUGCCAUGACAACGGGGAUUUUUGCUGGCCUCUGGGAUGUGCUGCCCUGCACCAGAAAGGAGAAAUACAUCUGCAAACACCUGGCAGAGGGGGCAGUUUCAACCCCUGUACCACCCACUCUCUCCCCUAGCAAAUGUACAUUCAGCUGGGCUCGAUUAGGAACGAGAAACUACUGCUUUAAGGUGUUUUCUGCAUCCUCACAUUCAUCGUCAGAUGGGAAGACCUGGUUCGAGGCCAGAGAUUACUGCAGGGCCAGAGGAGGAGACCUGCUCAGUAUCCACAGUCAGGAAGAUCUACGAGAGCUACCAGAACGCUAUGAAUCAGUCUGGAUUGGACUUAGUGCCCCUGACCCAGCCACCGGAUAUGUAUGGAGUGAUGGAUCCCCAGUGCAGUUCCAACACUGGGAGGAUGACGAACCAAACAAUAAAAACAAUGUGGAAUCUUGUGCUGUUUUCAAAAUGUAUAGGAAGGAUGAUCGUGGGUCCUGGAACGAUCUGCACUGUGAGACGUACAAAGGAUGGGUGUGCCAGAUCCGUUUAGGUAUCAAUCCAAAACCGCCCCCAAGCCCUGCCCCUCCUGAUUACAAUAGGACCUCUGAUGGGUGGCUAGAAUGGGGGGGGUCUCAGUAUUAUCUCAGCACUAUGAGCAUGGCCAUGGAAGAAGCUCGACGCUUCUGCCAAGAGAGGCAUAGUGACUUGGUAACUAUCAACAGUGAAGCUGAAAGUGUCUUCUUAUGGAAACGGAUGUCCAAAAAUUAUGGAGACAGGCCUUACUGGAUAGGCCUGAACGUAGAUCUUGAUAAAACAUAUGGGUGGAUGGAUGGGUCUCCAGUGGUGUUUCAGAGGUGGGAUGAAAAUCAACCCCAAUUCGUACGCAAUGAUGAGAAUUGUGCUGCCAUGACUACAUAUACAGGGUUCUGGCAUGCUUAUAAUUGUGGGUAUGAGCACAGGUCCGUUUGUAAACGCAGUGGCUCACCACCUGCCAACGCCACUGUACCACCAACAGUUACUCCAAAAGGUGGCUGUCCACAAAACUGGGAGAAAUUUAACUCAAAGUGUUACAACAUCAUUACCAACCAGAAGGAGACGUGGUUUGGAGCGAGGGCACAGUGCAAAUCAAUGGGAGGAAAUCUCGUCUCAAUCCUCUCCAGAAAGGUGCAAGUGUUUUUGACUUCUAAAUUGGCCAAGCCAUCUACCACAGCCCUGUGGAUUGGUUUGCAUAGUGUACUUGGCACUCCAUUUCUCUGGACUGAUGGGCGACCAAUGCGAUACAGCUACUGGGGUACUGAGAGGACACAAAUGAUUCACAGUUAUCACCACAUAUAUUAUGACAGUGAGGUAAAAACUUUUUUAUAUACUUUGAUCAUAAUGUGCAAUACCACUUCAUUUGUGUGGACUUAGAGCUGACACACAUCACACUUCUAUGACAAAUUGCGGGUCUCUUUGUUUACAAUUUUGAUGAAUUAUAUGCAUCUACUUUGUUUAUUAUAUAUUUU